CGGUCUAACAUCACUCAAACCUCCGAAGCUGGCUAUAAGUAAACCUAUAGUAGGAUGUGAUGAGCUAUGAAGUUGCCCCUUCCUUUCAUUGUCGUUACCACUUUGCUCCUGAUCCUAGCAGAGUCACAGAGCGCUCAACAAAACUUAGCAUCUUCCGUCAGUUUAGCAAACUUCGUGUCUAAGCGGCUUCACAGACACUUCAACACUACUACAUCGUUCAGGACGCUCAAAGAGGAGUACGAAAAAGUUGAUUUCUCGUUUAAGAAAUGGGACAUUCCAAGUCUGAUAGCGGACAUCUCCCGGGACAUGGAGGCCAAGUUUACCAGAGCCACAAAAUGUCUGUCCGAUCUUAGGACACGUGUACAACAGCUGUAUAAGAAGGAAUACCAGGAGGCUAAUGGGAAUUACGAGGCUGAAAACUAUAUCCUGUCUUAUCUUGACACUGCGUCGGGUAAUUCUAAGAAGAGCAUGUCCUACUCUCUCCAACACGACCAGAACGUCUCCUUUACUGAGACAGUGUUCUCAACUCCUGCUGACGUCUCUAUCAACGGCACAAAGGUCGAGACAGAUAUCAUUUGGACUAAAGGGCUGAGAGGAACAUUCACUGACAACUUUAAGAAGGAGUCUGAGUUGUUAAUCUGGCAAUAUUUCUGCACUGAGAACGGAGUAUUGAGACUGUUCCCUGCCCCAGCUGACUUUCCUAGGAAAACUGUGGAUUACGAUUGCAGAUUCCAACCUUGGUUUAUAGACGGUGAUGGGUGCUCCAAGGACAUCAUCAUUGCCUUCGAUCUCAGUGGCAGCAUGGUGGGGUGGCCACUAACUUUGGCUCAGAAAACAGCCUCACAGAUACUGAAACUAAUGUCUGAUAACGAUUUUCUGGGCUUCAUAGGAAUAUCCAGUCAACCCGCCUACUUAACAGACAGCCACAAUAAUUCAAUUACGCUGCUGAACAGAGCCACAGAUCGAAUCAAGCAUGAGAUCAAUAUGAGGAUACAGGAUGUUCGCCCGGAUGAUGAAGCUAAUUUCGACAAGGCUGUUGAAGCUGCUUUUGAUAUGUUCAAUAACAGUGCCAACAUAAACCGGUCAGCUCAGUGCCAAAAGGUACUGAUAGUAUUCAGUGACGGUACCAUACAGAACUGUAAAGAAACCUUUGAGAGACGUAAUCCUAACCAAGACGUUCAGGUGUUCACGUUUGCAUGCGGAAAUCCUCGAACCACAACAAGCGGUCUCAGGGAGAUGGCUUGCAAUAACCGAGGAAACUUCCUCGAGAUGGGCCAUCUAUCCGAUGUCAACGCAAACACCUUCAAAUUCUUCAAUAUGAUCAACAAAAACUCGAACAGUGGCCGAGGGAAUUUCACUCCGAAGUGGAGUAACGCGUAUAUGGAAGCUGCCUGGAAGACAGAGAAAGAUGAGUGGAGUCCAGGAACCUUCGAGGAGACAAACAGACUGGAGGAGCAGAUGAUCUUAUCUGUUAGCGCUCCUUCUUAUUAUCAGGAGAAAAAGACAGGGAUUGUGGGACUUGAUAUAAAGAUAAGCAAUCUUGUCAGUAAAGUCGCUAAUUUGAGCAAGGUGGGACUUUACGCAAUAAUUCUCAACAACAGAGGAAAUUUAGUCUACCAUCCUCGACUGAAGCCUCUUGCUGAGUUGGAACGUACUUACACGGCAAGAUUCGCUGAAGUUGAGCUCUGCAAAGGUGAAAUAUCUUCCUCUGACAUUGAAAGAGCUAUUAUAAGCGGCGAAAGUGGUGUUGUCGAGGGGAACUGUCUCUAUCACUACAGCUUUUCAUUGGAGCGAGGCAGAGAGCUAUACACUAAAAUGCAAUACCACUACACGCCCGUCAAAUCCUUCCCCUUCUUCCUAGCCCUGGCCAUCCCCACAGCCUUCUCCAACGAGAUUGAGUCCAGUAAGAAUCUGACUGAUGUUAUCCCGAUCUUAAGAGAAUUCUUGCCAACCCUGGGAGUUCUCUUGUAGAGGACACUCCGCUAAGUCCUCAGAUAUCAAUAUCUAUUACUGGAUGGUUCAAACAACUGGGAGAUACUCCCAAGGAAACCGUCAGGUUCAACACAUAUGUUAUGAACGAAACAGCGGCCCACUAUUCUGUUGUCAGUGAUAUUGUGAGGAAAGCGUGGCCAGCUCAGUCUACUGAUAUCGUUCCAGUAAUGCUGUACACAAAUGCAGGUCUUCUUCUCUACAACCUCAAGGGGUGGCUUGAAGUUGAAGAAAACUCUCAAAUAUUCACUGAAAAUGAGCGACUAGUCGCAUCGCUAGAAGCAGAUGAUCGGCUUACUAUGGGUCCCCAACGUCGUAGUUCAGCUUACAGAGAACAGGAUGCUUUCUUCUUGACUAGAAAUAUUAUUCUUCAGCAAGAUUCCACAGCAAUUACUCCAGCGAUAGUCGGAACAGAGUUCUACAAACUGUCUCUUUUAGAAAUAUUCAAACUGGGAAAAGUCAGCUACAGAGAGCCUCCAAUUCAGACAUAUCUGCUAGAUGACAAGGGUUUCAUUAACUCCAUUGAGCCAGUUAACGAUAUUGAGAUGAUGGUGGACCAGCAUCUUUCAGCAGUUUUCCCAGAGCUGAUGGAUCAAAUGCUGAACCGUUCAGUUUAUUCACGUGAUUCCUACAAGAACUGUUUACAAACCUGCAAAAACAAAACCAAGCCAGCAUCCUCCGCCACGUCACUUAGCAACACUCUCCUCCUUCUCUACAACACCAUCACACUCGCUACCUCCCACAGUCAGCUAGGUUCAACCAUCAGUCUCAAGCGACAAGACUCCUUCUACAGAUGCUGCAAGGACUACUUUGUCUACAAACUCAACCACAAUAGUGCAGCAGAGGUGCACAAGUUAGCGUGCACCACGUGUGAUAAAACUCUACAUUCAGCUCCAGUAAAGGGGACUAACUUGCUGCUUCUUAACGACCUGUCUCCAGAUUGCACGUGCAGUUCUGUAACACCUAGCAACCAGCUGGCAGCUCGGAACACUACCAGUGUGUUUAAUGUGUCUUUUGGGGAGUUGUCGUAUAGUCUACUCCCUUGCACCAAUAACUUCAAUAUAUCCACUCUUUGUAGUGGGGGUCAGAGAGGACUGGUUAGUCUGGUGUUAGGUACGUUUCUGCUCUUUCACGUGCUCACAUGAGGUGUGUCACGUGUUGUGUCACGUGUUGUGUCACGUGUUGUAACAUGUUAUCAUGUGAUCAUGUGACUGAAGUGAUAAUUCUUCAGUGAGAUACUUCACAAGAUGUUACUGGUAGUAUUAACGCGGUUAUGCUUCUGUGAAAAAACUUCGAAGCUGUACCAAAUCACAGCUUGGUAAAGCUGACCGACUUGAAUCCGACCGGAUUUGAACCCAGGUCUUCUGCUUGGGAGGCGAUCGUGUUAUCACUACACCACCCGGUCGGCUGGUGAUACACACUCUCUGGCUCGUAGGAAUAACCCCCCUACAGCUAGUAUAGUGCCUCGACACAGAGUGGCCCAGGGUUAAUGAAAAGGAGAUAAGCACCUCAGGCCAUCCCAACGUUCGGGAGAGACCUUGUAUCUUGUUGUUGAAAAAAACUUCAGAAAUGCUAAAUAAAGACGUUGUCAGAUUUCUCGAUUACUCAUCAUUGUCAUUUCGAUUCAGCCAAAUGUUUAAGUAAUGAGCAUGACUUUGUACCGAGUUCAGCAAUAUUGAUUGAAGAUUUUGUGAAGAUAAGAGCUAAGACUACUCGAUGUAGAAUUAUAUUUUCGUUCCAAAUCGCUAUACUAUAAAUUUUAGAAGAAAUGUUUACAAGUCAAACAAAAUUAUUACUUCAAUGAAAUAUAGCAUCUGAACUACAAUUUUAGGUUAUUUUACUGGUAAAUUCCAAAUACUGUUCAUUUAGUGAGAAAAAAAAUUACUAGUAUAUAUAGUCAGUUAAUUGUUAAAACUAAUUCAGUUUGAAUUCUUAAAAUCUGUUUUUUAAUUUUUGAUUUGUUUCCAUGACAC